UUUCGCUACCGCCAGGAUAAAACGGCACAGGGUUGUUCAUGGUUGGCACCAAUGACACCAAUAGCAGCACACAGAGAUUACUUCCAAGUGAGUCUUACAAAAUAACGUAUUACCGGCAGGUCUACUACCACUGAGACAGCCGAGAAGAAAAUACUGGGAAAGGAGGGCGAGAAACUCUAUCGCACAAAAUUUUUGAAGAGCCUUGUGAAGGAAUAUGCUUUAGUGAUAGGCCAAGAGCCAUGCGCGUAGAGCGCGUGUAUCUCAAUUGGAUUAGACUUUUGCAAUUGACCCUCUUCAUUUCUAGUCCAUUGUACCGAAUUACACUUGAUCUGCUCUCAUGCUUCCUCUGUAUUGGUGUUGAAUGCUUGGUUCUUGUCGCUCAACCGCUGCUUCUCUUGGCAUCCUUGGCUGAUUUCCCUUGCCUGCAGUUGUGUCCGGAUUUGGAAUGUUUAGAUCUUGGCAGGUGAAGAUAGCAUGCGUGCCGACUGCUUGCAAAGAUAACAGCCUACAAAUUAUGCAGUACCGAUGAUGCCGGUAUUAUUAGAAGAGAUAAAUUCCAUCUGUCGAUGGUAAUGAAUCCAUAACUAAUGGGAAUGGACCGC